AUGCUUGAUUUGCUUCUUUCCUCUGAUAACUUUCAUCUCUCUGAGGAAGCUACUGAUGUAGAUGCAAAUCACCUGCAUGGAUUGCCUCCAGAUAGCCCCAUAUUGCAAGCGCUUUUUGCUGAUCCUGUCAUUCACUGUGGUCUUGCAAAUCCCCAAGCGCUGUUCGUGGUCUUAGUGGGAAUGUCGACUCUCGAGCUGGACCCUACAAUCAUCAUUCGACGCAGCUCCGGCGACCAUCUGCACAUCCUCGUUUUCGUCAUCAUCGCAACCCAUUAUUCCCCCCUUGAUCUUAUUCAAAUAGCGGCAGGAAUUCGUGCAGUGGUGCGAGCCGACAUAGAUGGCAGUUUACUUAAGGGUAUCUCCAACACAUAUAUAUAUUCUAUUGAUUUCGCCCAAUUACAGAGGCCAGUCGCUCACAUUCUCAUUUUUGUAUGA